CUUUUCCACGGCUGCAGUUGCAGUUUCCCGCGGGUGAAGAAGCCGCUCGUGGACAGCGGUAAAGAUGACUGAUGUGGUGCACGUGACAGCGUUGGCCCCGCCUCCUCCUGCGUUGUCUCCACCCACCAGUAGACAAGCAUCACCUUCGCAGUCUUCGUCCAAUCACAGCAGCCCGACAGUGUGUGCAGAGCUGUCAGAGCAGCUGCGUGAUAAAGAGCGUCGCGUGCAGCAGCAGCUGGAGCGCCGUGCCGAGGAGCGAGGGAGGAAGAUGGAGGAGCAGAGGAGGAAGGAGCAGCGACGCCGAGCGGCAGCGGACGACAAGAGGAGGCGGCAGCAGCAGGCCGACAAGGAGAGGCUGGAGGCCCUGGUCCACCGGAGAGCCAGGGGAGGAGGAGGAGGAGGAGGAGGAGCAGCCGGAGGAGGAGGAGGAGGAGGAGGAGGAGAAGAAGAAGAUCCUGAACAUCUGGACCACAGACCUAAACGCUGGACGUGGGGAGGACCGCCUGACGGAGCAGAGGGUAACCCUAAGACCCCGCCCUGCCCUGCUAUUGGCUCUGCUCAGCCCAAUGAGCUUCCUGCUGCCGCUCCCAGUGCCAGCCAAUCCCGCAACGCUGUGGACUUCCUGUCUCCGCCCACCAUGGAUCCAUCAGUGAACAAACAGCUGUCGAGCUCGUCAGCUGCUCUGCACUCACCUGACAGAGCUUCCCCCAGCAACCACAGACCCAACAGAAGUUCCUCCAAUCGCAGGAGCAUCGCUGGGUUUCCUGACGAGACGUCCAGAGCCAAGACGCCCACGGGAGAAACUCCAAACACUCCUGUACGUAGUUCUUCAUUCAAGGCCAACAACAAAGGAACAGCUACACCAAAGCGUGUGAGGUCAAACAGAAGUCGUCCUCAGUCUCCCUGCUCCCCUGGUCAGUUCCCGCCCUCGCCGCACAGACAGAGAGGCUCCACCCCUGGGGCCGAGGACAGGGGUCAUACUGAGGUCAAAGGUCACAGCACCCUGGAGAGGAAAUCCACCAAAUCGGAAAACUCGGAGAAGAAGAUUCCCAAAUCCACCAGCAGAGAACUGACCGCAGAGUCCCCUGGAACGCCAACAGGCCGGAGCGUUGGCGGGACGACAGACGCAGAGGAGGCGUCCAGACUGCUGGCAGAGAGACGACGACUGGCCCGGAUACAGAAGGAGCAGGAGGAGAGACAACGACAGGAGGAGGACAGGCUGAGGGCAGAGGAGGAGCAGAGGAGGCAGCAGGAGGCACUGGAGCGACAGGAGAGAGAGGCACGUCAGGCCGAGGAGGAGCGAGUGAGGAAGGAGGAGGAGAGGAGGGGCAGAGAGGAGGAGGAGCGACGGCAGAAGGAGCAGAGGUGGAAGGACAUGCAAGAGCAGCUGGACAGAGAGAGGGAGGAGGCGUUUCUACGAGCUCAGAGAGAAGCUGAGAGGAAGAGACAAGAGAGGGAGCUGCUGCACAUCCAGGAGGAGCAGGAGAGACUGCAGAGGAAGAAGAGAAUUGAGGAGAUUAUGAAAAGGACCAGGAAGAGUGAAGUGGAGCCCCCAUGUGGUGCCUCAGGAUCUGAGCUGAGAGCUGAGAGUUCAGCUGCUGUGGACGAGGACACAGCGACUUGUGCUGAAGCUCCAGUCAUCUCACUGGGUCCACUGGAGAACAAGAGCUGUGUGGACGAGCUGUCUGACGGUGUCCAGUCCAUGGACGUCAGUUCUCCAUCUGUCUCCAUCAGUCCAGUGUCCAGGGAUGAGCAGGCCAGCGCUCACGAGUUCUCACCCGUCACUGACGGCACGGACGGCUGCCCGCUGGAGCACCUGAUGGACCUGGACGCCCAGGGGCAUGUCCGUGACCUGUCAAUGGCCCCGCCCCCUUACCCAAAGCUGCAGGCCGGCAGCGGGGUCGACGACCUCAACAAGAACCUGCUGAUCCAAGCGUACAGCGCCUCCUCCGAGUCCUCCCAGGUCAUCCAUAGCAUCGGCCCCAGCAAACUGGACGUCCAGUAGUCAGGGCCUUUUUAAGGAGCGAGCGAUGUCACCUUCAUCUACAGCAGAAAACAGCAGCUGAACAUCUGUAUUAUCACACACACACGCACGCACACACGCAUCACUGUUAUGCUUCUGGGCAGGUUUGACUCUUUAGAAACAGCAGAGGGCAACAAAACCAUGCAAGCGUGACUGUGAAGUUUCACGACUGUAAACUUAAGCUUAUCGUCAGGUUUAUUACAGAGAAUCUGGGAUUAAACGGAUUAAACUGCUGUCACACAUUUUAUCAUUUACAGAUUUAUUUUUUUGAAUCGCAGCGUGUCUCACAGAAGCGCUGAUGUUUCCCUGAUGCUUUGUUGUUAAAUAUCACAACUAUCACAUGAUUCUCCCCUGCUUUCCCCGAUAACUCUCCCCGCUUCUUUUUUGAACAGCUUUCAUGAAUGAAAAAACGUGUAAAUAUGAGAUUAUGAGUCCGUGAGCAGCAGCUCUGUAGCAGUUUAUGUAAACAAACAAACAGACGCUGUCAUGUGACGCCCGUGUAGCAUCUUUGUCACAAACUAGCGCUGCGUUCCAGUUGUAGCCAGAAGUCGGAUUUUCCCUAACACAGGAUUCCAAGAUGGUGGCCAUUCGUACAAACACUGCUACUUUCCCUGAGUCACACUUUUUUGUCGCAGUAAAAAUAGUCGUACAAAAGUACUUUUCCGUUUUUAUUUCCAGAACGUGUCAGAACAUGCUGUUUUUGUGCUUAAAAUACCACACACACAGAUGUCAGCGACCUGUAUUGUCAACAAUGGCUAACCCGGGAUUCGUUACAUUAAGGUGUGACUAACAACAUCUAAUGUAAAUGGAUUUACUGAGCUGUCUAACUAAAGCUAGAUAGCUGAGCUAAUUCAUGCUAGGUAGCCUAUUAGCUAAUGGUGCAUUCUAUUUGUAGUGGGAAGUUGUAACAUCAGAUAUCCUGGGAACUUCCUCAGUCGUACACAGGUGUAUCAUUUUUAACGUAAACAUGUUGCUACGCUUUUUGUGUGCGCAAAAUGCUAACACGGAGCACUGUUAUUGACUGCUAUUGCUAACAGUGGCUAACCUGAGAAAUAUGUGUUUGUGUGGAACGAGUCACUGUCAGUUGACGUAAAUGGAAUGCACCUCAGCUGAGCUGUUUGAUACUAGUUAGUGAGGCUAACUAGAUGAGCUGUUUGCUGGUUGUAGUGGUGUGUGGGCGUCUGCUUCUCCAAUGGAACCUGUGUGUUAAACUCUGUCUCAUUAGAUUAGAUUAUAUAUUUAUGACCCUGCUGUCACUGAAUUCACCUCCGCUUUGAGGAAAAGACAGAUAAAUAUUGUGUGUUUGUGUGACACGAUGAUAGAGUGAACUUUCACUCACUCAUUCACUCACCUGUCAUUGUGUUUUUCUCCCUCGACUAAAGAUAAAUACCUCACAGAUUUCAAAUAAACUCUCACAUCUCUCAGCUCUUCA